AUGCUUGCCUCGUUCCAAAAACUGUCAUUCCUCCUUUUGAUUCUUAUUGUAGGAGCCGCUGCCGAGUCAGUGUUUAAAUUGGAAACAGACGGCAUCAUCAAGAUUUCGUGCUCGGAUGCCAGUGCGAACGCUGUUUGCAAGCGCAAUGGAGACGUUGGAAAGUUGGUCAAUCUUCCCGAUUCGGCCAUUCUGAUUGAAUAUGGGCAAGGAAUCAUCUGCCAAUGUCCAUCCAAUGCAGUUGCCGACACUGUCACCUGCGAUGGGACCUGUACCUGUCAGAAGUGUGCUUCGAAUGAAAACGAUUGUUCGGAACCAUGUUCCGCAAGCUGGAAACCAAUGGCUUUUGGUUUGGUCUCGGUUGUCGCUGGGCUUGGUUCUCUCUUGGUGCUAUAA